AUGACCAACCAGUUCUGCUUUCACAAAUUGGAUCACCUGAGGAAACUCGUUGAACUGCAAAGAAUUUUUAUGUACAUCUUGUGUGUUUUAUAUUUGCUGUUUUCGAUCGUGGCGUCCAUUGGAAAUCUUACUGUUAUUUACGCUCUGUGGAAAGCCUCCUCAAUGCCUAGUACCGUAAAAAAAUUGUUCCUGAGUCUCGCUUUUUCUGAUCUUGCUGUUGGAAUACUGUCCCAACCGAUGUUUGGCGUUAUAAUCGCAGUGAUGUUGAGUAUAGCGUAUGCGGAUCGCUAUAUCAGUUAUACAUCUUUCUGCCCAACAAUUUUGAGCGUAUUUUAUUUUUUCAAUUUUCUUCUUUCAUGUGCAUCGUUUAUGAACGUUACAGCCAUUGCAGUUGAUCGACUCUUAGCUAUUUCACUUCACCUUCGAUAUCACGAAUUCAUCACGUCCAAACGUGUUAUUUCAGCAUUGGUGUGUUUAUGGAUAGUAAGCUUUAUCGUUGCGACAUUGUUCAUUGUACUGCCAAAUGGCAAUGACAUGGUGGCUGCUAUAACUGUAUGUCUUGGACUUUUUUUGGCAAGUGUGGCAUAUAUUCGUAUUUACAAAGUUGUCAAGUAUCAUCAGAAUCGAAUACAAGGCCAAACACAGCAGCAAAAUCUUCAAGAAAUGGAACAACUCCGACAAAAGAAGUCUGCCUAUAAUGCUUUCUUCGUCUUCUUGGUUUUCGUAGCCUGUUAUUUUCCACUAUUUAUUUUUGUAAUAUUAGAUUCGGUAAGC